AUGAGCAACCCGAAUAAACAGGUCUUUGAAUACCGUGGACCACGCACCGCUGAACGUUACAAUCAGUUCUUCAACCCGAACAUUUGUCAUGUUUGCAAAUCGGUGAGAAAAGACAAUUUUAUAUCAUGCGAUCAAUGCUGCUUGAUUUUAUACUGCAACGAGGAGCACAAAGCGGAGCACCGAGCUAAACAUGCGGAAAGCUGUGCAAUUCUAAAGCAAGUCUUACAAGAGAAUCCGCAGGAAUACAUGCGCAGUUUCAGCGACUGGCAACACUGGAUUCAAUCAAGAGAAAAAUUAUUGAUAGCAGUUGCAAUGAAAUUAUGCCGUCCGAUGGAGCAAUACGAGAAGCAGAUGAUCUUGUGGUCUAAAACAUGUGUAGUUUGUUACUUACAAACUGAACUUAAGACUUGCCAAAGAUGCUUCUCCGCUAACUACUGCGAUGUGCACGCAAACGCCUUUCGCAAGAAACACAAUGAAGCUCUGUGCAGUCAGUUAAUGCUAUCGUUGAAUAUAGAUAUUGAAACUAUCGUUGAUAAUGUAAGUCCCAUAUCGUACGAUUUCCUUUCGUUCAUCAAUAGAAACAGUUACUUCGAAGAGAUGCUUGAAUUUUGUAUCGAACACAUAUUAACGCGAAGAGAAGAAAAUAUGGAUUGGAUCGCUAAAGACUACGUUCUCUCGGAUUAUCUUUCAGAACCGCUGACAAUUUAUUUCGGGUUCAAGCAAUUAUAUUUAUUACUUUUCAUAAGGACACCUGUUUUUGUUAUCCACCUUUUAAGAACUGAUUCUUUGGAUAUACGCGGCUUACCCGCUUGGGAAAUUUUGUUACACCUCAUACCUGAAAUCAUAGAACUAGAAAUUGUGAUGAUAAUAUCAGAAUUAGAAUUAUAUGAUCCUUACAUAUGUAACCUUUGUAAUCAUUGCACGCGUAUGAACAAAAAGCUUUCUUUUUAUUUUAUUCGCAUGAGGUAUGGCAAUUAUGCAAUUUCAUCAGUAAGAUAUAAAAUACCACGUGUGAUUUUUGUAUUUCUCGUAGAUUUUAACAAGCAAAAUCUAUUAUUUGAAUUGAAGGAACUAUUGAUUAAUCUACCUUGUCCCUUAUUUAUAAGCUUCACACACAAACAGAAAGCCCAUAAUUUCAUAAUUAAUGUAAAAGAAGCCUUGAAUAUGAAUAUAGAACCUGAAUUAAAUAGAAUAAAUCAUUUCAGUGGUCUUGUACCGCACAAAAACAAAGAAACUGGUAACACUUAUUUUCGUAAUGAAUAUUUAAUUAUAUAUACUAUGUAUUCACGAUAUGUACAGGUUAAUAUAAAAAAUACUAGGGCAAAAUUGUAA